GUGCAUUGUUAUAUAAUUCCUUGCACCAUUGUCAUCGCCUUAAACUACUACUCAUCCCCUUUGAAAAAACCAAAUCAGAAGUCCUGGUAUAUAUGCAUGUUCAAACCCCUAAUAAAUAUUCCAAACUUGCAAGUGCAGCAAUGUUUUCCUUUACCCUUUUGCUCAAAGGAAUCUCUCCAUAGACAAUACUUCCGUACAAUCUUCUCCUAUUAGCACAAAGUAUAUACAUUUGCUUAUGAGUUUCACUUCUUUAAUCUAUUUGUCAUUUCUUAUGGAUUUGGUUUCUUUACCAUUUCCUCCUCGCACUAAAAUGGCCACCAUCUCCAGUUGGUCUGCUUUUCCAUCCCAAGAGCAAAAGCCAUUUAUAGUUCCACUCAAAAAAGGUUCUUAUAAAUCCAUUGGAUCUAAACCUGAUAUAGCUCUUUCUAUUCAUACAAACAAGCGGCUAUUGCCAGUAGCGUGCAGCAAUUCUCAUGAAAGUUUAGAGAAUGAUCAGAGGGCAGUGGAAGCUGUCCUGAAACUUUACAUUGCAAUCAGACAGAAAAACUUGCAUCAACUUUCCGAUAUAAUUGGAGAGGAAUGUCGGUGCGUUAGCAAUUUCGUUCACACCUUGAGACCAUUCCAUGGUAAGAAGAAAGUAGUCGAUUUCUUCUCUUCGCUGAUUAAAUCCUUAGGGAGCAACAUUGAGUUUGUUGUUCAGCCCUCACUGCAUGAUGGAAUGGAUGUUGGGAUUUCAUGGAAACUAGAGUGUAGAAAGAGUCAUGCUCCUCUGGGAAAAGGUUUUAGCUUCCACAUGUGCCAUGUCUAUCAAGGGAAGGUAAUGAUAAGGAAUGUGGAGAUGUUUAUGGAGCCACUCUUUCAAAUUGAGCCGCUUAGAUUGAAAAUGAUGUCUCUUUUGAUGAAUGCAAAGGAGAAGAUGGAUUAUCAAGUCAAUUUGGGAAGUAUAAGAGAGAAGAGGAUCAUGAGAACACUAUGUGCUGUAUUACUUGUGAUAGUGUUCAUAUUGUUGCUUGUGAACACUAGAUGUACCUU